AUGCACCCUCUCAGGAAUUUCCCCUCUGUCCCUGCACUCCAGGCCCAUUUCACCACUCUCCCUCCCCUCACUCUCCUUCCCCUUGCCAGGUUUCCCCACACCUUCCCACUAUACCCACACCCAAGCACUGCCUUGAACGCCCUGCCCCUUGACCCCUCUCCUUCACCCCAUGUCCUUCUUCACACUCCAGCAGUCCCUGCCCACUCUUCCCCUGUUCUGGCGCACCCACUGUCCGCACUACUCCUCCCCACUAGUCUUCUCCCAGUUCUUCCGGACCCGGACCUCCCCCCUGACUCUAGGCUGCCCCACCCCUGCCCGCAGGUGGACGGCGUGCGGCGCUGCCUGCCUUUCGCGCUGAGCGGGGGCAGGGUGCGCGCCUUCGCGCGCGGCGCAUCUGUGGUGCUCGCGGUGCGUGGAGGCCCGCGCCUGCUUUUCGGGCUCUGCUGCCACCUGAGCGUGGAGCUGCCUGCGGCCUACCGCGGCCUCACGCGCGGCCUCUGCGGCAACUUCAACGGCAACGCGACGGAUGACCUGCAGCUGCCAAGGCCCGGGCCCUGCGCCGCGCCGCGUCCCUGCCCGGGUUCGGGCUGCCUCCCGGCCACCGAGGACGCGGGUGCAGCGUGGCGUGGCGCUUGCGACCUCCUGCGCGAGCCCAGCGGCCCCCUGGCACCCUGCCACGCAUUCCUGCCGCCGGAGCCCUUCUACCAGGCCUGCGUGGCCGACGUGGGCCGCGCCCGCGGGAACCACAAAGUGCUCUGUGCCUGCCUGCAAGCCUACGUGGCUGCCUGCCAGACGGCUGGUGCGGAUAUGCGGCCCUGGAGGGCUCCCAGCCUUUGCCCCAUGCGGUGCCCCCCACACAGCCACUACAGCCUGUGUGUGAACCCCUGUCCCGCGGCCUGUGCGGGUGUUCAGGAGGUGGUACAGCUCCCCACUCCCUGCGCUGAGGGCUGCCAGUGCGAUGAUGGAUUCUUCCCCGCCAAGGGUGACUGCGUCCCUGUGGACCACUGUUCUUGCUUCCACAAUGGCCUGUACUUCCCUCCGGGCCAGACUAUCCUCAUCAAGAAUUGCUCCUCCUCCUGUACCUGCCACCUAGGGGAAGGUGUGGCCUGUGUCCCCUUCAGCUGCCCUACGGAGGAGGUCUGUGGCAUCACAGAUGGAGUCCUAGGCUGUCGAUUGCAAGCCACCUUGGCCCCUGCCCCUAGCUCUGUGGCCCCACCGCUGGUUUCCCCACCAUUGCUCCCCAGUCCCAGUCCCCAGUGCCCAGAAAACUCCCGCUUUGUUCCCUGUGGGUCUGCAUGUCCAGCCACGUGUGCCAACCCCUCAGCCCCAGAGCACUGUAGCCACCCCUGUGCUCCUACCUGCCAGUGCCUGCCUGGCUACCUGCUGCAGGACGGCCAGUGCAUGCCCCCUGCACACUGCUCCUGCUUCCUGCACCAAGGCCGUACUUUCUGGACAGACAACUGUACUUGGCACUGCCACUGCCCAACCCUUGGGGCCCUGGUGAGCAAACUUCCCCAGUGUUGGCCUGACAAGUGCCAUGGUCACUGCAAGGCCUUCACGGGUGGCUGGUACCACUGCCUGUCAGCCCAGUCCUCACCCAGUCCCACUGUCCUGGAGAAGCCACUGGUGUGCACUGCCUCUGGAGACUUCUACUUCCACACAUUUGGAGGAGCUCACUACGAAUUCCCUGGCUCCUGUGUCUAUCGUCUGGCGGGUCUCUGUGACACAGCCCAUGCCGACCUUGAGCCCUUCAGCCUGGAUUUGACCCCACUGCUGCGGCCACGUGGCUGGGCCAAGGCCCUGACCCUCUUAGCCUGUGGCCUGAGGCUGGACCUGAGUCCAGAAGAUCUCAACCACAUCCGGGUGGACGGAAUUCUGGAAUCGCUGCCCUUCUUUCACGGCCACUGCCUCCGUGCCUACUACCAAGGCCGCCAGCUCUGUGUAGACACGGACUUCGGCCUCUCACUCACCUACGAUUGGGACAGCCUGGCACGUGUAACGCUGCCGAGGCCCUACGGACCCUACCUGUGUGGACUCUGUGCCCAAAGAGGCCCGAGCAGCCCCACGGUGCCGUUGCUCGACAUCUGGAAGGUGGCAGAAGUGCCAGGCUGUGGCCCAGUCUGCGGGCCCCUCUGCCAUAACCAGUGUCCAGUGUCCACGCGCACUCGAUUCGCUGGAGACGCGUACUGCGGGCUGCUGGCGGGGGCCGAGGGUCCCUUGGGGCCAUGCUACGCUGCGCUGGACCCGAUCCCAUUCCUGGACAACUGCCUGGACGACGUGUGCCGCCACCACGGAGCCCGUCCCAUCGUCUGCCGAGCCCUGGCCGCCUUCACUGUCGCCUGUCAGGCUCUGGAUGUGCACCUGCGGCCGUGGAGGACGCCUGACUUCUGUCGUGAGUGUGCGGGGCUUGGCAUACAUAGUGGAUGAAACUCCUAAGAGCUGGGAUUUGGGACACCGAGGGACGGACGCGGGAGGACCAAUGAAGAAGUUCAGGCCUGGUUGGGUGGAGCCAGGUGAAGAAGGGUGGGACUUGAAGAAGAGUUAGACCUGGAUGGGACAGCAGUUUAAUUAACGAGAUCUUCCUGUCUUUUGUGUCC